AACAAGAAGCUAAAAAAAAUAAUAAUAUAAAAGGUGGAAUGUGGAUGCUGAAUACUUAAGUAAAUUCAAGUCAGCGUCACUUAAAAAUACUCCAAAAUCUGUCAAUUAUCAACAAUUAAAUCCAAUUAAAUCCAUCAACAUGAAGAUGUCAAUAAUUUUUUUAUUUACACUGGUAUUAGUUAUUACAGAAAUAACUGCUGGUGUUGGUAGAUCUAAUAGUGUAUAUGGAUUACGAAAUUCGAGAUCAAAUAAUAGAACAAAUAAUAGAACAAAUAAUGAAAAUACAAAAUCAUCAGUUCAAAAAUUAACAUCAGAAAAUAAUGCAAAUGGAAAAAUUAGAAGAAGUGGAUUUGGUUUAUCUGCUUGGGGUUUGAUUGCUCUUAUUAUUGGAGCAAUUGUUAUUUCAACUUCAGGCUAUUAUGCAUUUUUAUUUUAUCCAUUUUUAUGUAAAAAAGAAAGAAAUUAUGAUAUGAUUGAACUAGCAAGUGUUUAAUUAUUAUAAAUAAAUAAUAAUCAUCAGUAAAAAAAAUACUCUAAUCGAAUUGAAAAUAUAUAUUUCUUACUGUUGCAAUUUUAAAUGAUUAAAAUAAAAAAUAUUUCUAUUGUAAAAACUGAAUUUCGACUGAAGAACAAUUGAUAAAUAAAUUAUAAAUAAUAGCAAAUAAAUUUAUU